AGGAGGAGGAGGAGGAAGGCGGCGGUGGUGGCGGCGGCGGCGGCAGCGGCGAGAGAAGAGGGGAGGACGGGGGCGGCGUCGGACUGGAGCCGAGCGGCGGCGCGAGCUGCCCGGGGCGCUGUCGUGAGCUCGCCCGCCGGGCCUCCACCCCCGAGCUACACCCUGCCGUGCCCAGCUCUGCCCGCGUCCGUGCCCCCGCGGGGAGCGCGCCGGGGCUGCCCCCCGAAUGACGGGCGGAAGGUUCGACUUCGACGAUGGCGGCACCUACUGCGGCGGCUGGGAGGAGGGCAAGGCGCACGGGCAUGGCAUCUGCACGGGGCCCAAGGGCCAGGGCGAGUACUCGGGCUCCUGGUCGCACGGCUUCGAGGUGGUCGGAGGCUACACCUGGCCCAGCGGCAACACCUACCAGGGCUACUGGGCGCAGGGCAAGCGGCACGGGCUGGGGGUGGAGACGAAGGGCAAGUGGAUGUACCGGGGGGAGUGGUCACAUGGCUUCAAGGGGCGCUACGGGGUUCGGCAGAGCCUGUGCACCCCCGCUCGCUACGAGGGUACCUGGAGUAACGGGCUGCAGGACGGGUACGGCGUGGAGACCUACGGGGACGGAGGUACCUACCAGGGCCAGUGGGCCGGCGGCAUGCGGCACGGCUACGGCGUGCGCCAGAGCGUGCCCUACGGCAUGGCCACGGUGAUCCGCUCGCCGCUGCGCACGUCGCUGGCCUCGCUGCGCAGCGAGCAGAGCAACGGCAGCGUCCUCCACGACGCCGCGGCCGCCGCCGACAGCCCGGCCGGCAGCCGCGGGGGCUUCGUGCUCAACUUCCAUGCCGACGCCGAGCUCGCGGGCAAGAAGAAGGGCGGCCUCUUCCGCCGGGGCUCCCUCUUGGGAAGCAUGAAACUGCGUAAGUCCGAAUCCAAGUCCUCCAUCUCCAGCAAGCGCAGCUCGGUCCGCAGCGACGCCGCCAUGAGCCGAAUCAGCUCCAGCGACGCCAACUCCACCAUCAGCUUCGGCGACGUAGAUUGUGAUUUCUGCCCGGUGGAAGACCACGUGGACGCCACCACCACGGAAACCUACAUGGGCGAGUGGAAGAACGACAAGCGCACCGGCUUCGGCAUCAGCGAGCGCUCCAACGGCAUGAAAUAUGAAGGCGAGUGGGCAAAUAACAAGAGGCACGGGUACGGCUGCACCGUGUUUCCCGACGGCUCCAAGGAAGAGGGAAAAUACAAAAAUAAUAUUCUGGUCCGUGGAAUAAGGAAGCAGCUUAUACCGAUAAGAAAUACAAAAACUAGGGAGAAGGUGGACAGAGCGAUCGAAGGCGCGCAAAGGGCAGCUGCCAUGGCGAGAACCAAAGUGGAAAUAGCAAAUUCAAGGACCGCGCACGCGAGAGCCAAAGCUGACGCCGCAGACCAGGCUGCUCUGGCCGCCCGCCAGGAGUGUGACAUCGCGAGAGCUGUGGCCAGAGAGCUGUCACCUGACUUCUACCAGCCAGGCCCAGAUUAUGUCAAACAGAGAUUUCAGGAAGGUGUAGAUGCUAAAGAAAAUCCAGAAGAAAAGGUCCCGGAAAAGCCACCUACACCAAAGGAAUCUCCUCAUUUUUAUCGCAAAGGCACGACACCCCCAGGGUCUCCCGAGGCAAGUCCCAAACAAGGCGGCUCUCCCUCCCCAAAGCCCGUGAAGAAGCAGAAUCCCAGCUCAGGGGCGAGACUCAACCAAGACAGAAGGAGUGCAGCCGAGGAGCAGGUGACGGCCACCGUCAAUAAGCCCUUGACCUCCAAGGCUCCCACGAAGGAGGUGGGAGCGGUUGUGCCCCACUCCAGGUACUCUGGCCGUCACCACGUCCCUAACCCCAGUAACGGGGAGCUGCACUCUCAGUAUCACGGCUACUACGUGAAACUGAAUGCCCCUCAGUACCCCCCGGAGGACGUGGAGGAGGAGGAAGGGCCAAGCCAGUCUUCCUCGGCGCUGGUGCACAAGCCAUCGCCCAACAAGUGGAGUCCCCCUAAAUCUGUGACAAAACCAGUUGCCAAAGAAAGCAAAGCUGAGCCAAAAGCUAAGAAGUCUGAACUUGCUAUACCAAAGAAUCCAGCAAGCAACGAUUCGUGCCCUUCUUUGGAAAAAGAAGCCAAUUCGGGCCCUAAUUCAAUCAUGAUUGUCCUCGUCAUGCUGUUGAAUAUCGGGUUGGCCAUUCUUUUUGUUCACUUUCUAACUUGAUUGGAAUUAGGAAAGCAGCCCCAUCCGGCGAAGUUCUUGGCAUUGGCUACUCCAUCUGUCCUAGCAGAGUGUGACUAAACUGGAAAUGUAUGGAGCUGCAUUUUUUUUUUUUUUUUUUUUUGAUGGAAGUCAACAGCUGCCUUACUAUUUUACCAUCUGACGUUUCUAGAAGGGAGCUGGGGAAACAAACGACUGCCGGAGGAAUGUGGUCGGAGGAUUGUGUUGCUGUGGCCGUGGUUCCAGCAUUCACUCCUGUCUCAUUAGAAGAAGUAGGUAGCAGCAUCACUCACCAGUCUUAUGCCAUGACCUGCUGCUUUCUCAUCUCCUGGAACGUCCCGGGAGAGGAGGUGUCGUUGGCUUGUGCACGAUUAUGUUCAUUUCUGCUGUUUAUUUAAAUCCGACGUAUAGCCAUCUACAACAUGCGGUCCUGGCUGGCUGAAGCACAUGUGUCGCAUCUCAAGGAAAAGAAACAACAGAAUGCUAGAGAAAAUGUGUUUAUUUUGAUAGCAAUACAUCACUCUUCAUGUCGUUUAGUCUUCCUAAACCUGUAAAAGGCUGUUUAAAAUUUAGCAAUUUGAAGGCAUUACACCUACCUAAAAAUAAUUUGACUUUAAACAUUUUUAACACUACUGAGAUGAAUUAUUUACGCACUUAGGAGGUGCUAGAUUUUAAAAGCUGAAAGACAACAGAAUUCUAAGAAGUAUAGUCAAAAUGUUGCAUGGAUUGCAGUAAUCGGUGUUUAAAGGAUUCAGUUUCAUUGCUGACGUACUUUACCAACCAAAUAAAAUCUUGUCAGUAGCUAUGUUAAUUCCCAUGAAAGUUAAGCAAGAUGCUAUUAAUAACUGCUCUUUUUUUUCCCCCCAAACUUAAAUUUUUGUUGAAUACAUUCAGGUAGAGCAUAAAGCUUUGUUAAAUCAGUGCUUCUCAACUUUACGCCUUUCAUGUUUUUCAAAGUCCUUUUGUAAUUGUAUUUCACAUUUUAAAGGCUUAGACAAUUUUUAAGUAUCUGUCUUUUGCAGUCCUUUGUUAUUCUGACAUAAUCUGAUUUUUUUUUUGCUGUUUUAUAAUUUAUUCUUUAUUACUCAGAAGCAUGCUUAUUUAGAGAAACUACGUGGUCUUUAUACAAAUAAUUAUUUAAAAAGAAAA